CUUGGAUAGCCUUUGAAGUAUACUUUCAUUAUUGAGUAGUUGCGGAUCAAGAAGAGAGAGCUUUACCGACAAUAAUCGAGGUUGAGUGAACCGCUGCGUAUAAACUCGAGCAGUGGGAGUACUGGUGUUGUUUGGUUCAUAUCUCGAGUUAUACUAAUCCAAAUCAGGCGUGUGAGGUACCUGCGGAUAUCUCUCAAGACUAGGAAUCCGGGAAGGUCUGGUUUGCAUCAAUCGGAGUAGUGAAAGGCUUCCAAAUCGUCCGAGAAAAACACAACCUCGCAGAAACGGAUCUACUCUUCUAAAGUUAGAUACUAACCUAGAGCAAAUCAUGGAAAAACUAGGAAACGUGUUCGCCGGAAAACACCCAUUCUAGGGGCUGUUUUCGUAUCAACGGAUAGGGGUUGAGCUAGCACUUUGGGGAGUCUGUUUAACACUCAUUUUUAAGCAAGGAAUCAGUUCUUAAUCCACCUUGGCUGAGGCUUUGGUCAUUGGAUCGAGAAGGGAAGUUUUAAAGCUCAUUUGAGGUGAGGAUCGACAUCUAAUUGCUUACAACUUGUAGGUUAAGCAUGAGAUUACCUAAAUGCCUAAAUCAUGAUUUUUCGUGGAUUAUGGUGCCUAAAUAUUGAUGAAAAGAUGGAUAUAGUUUACAAUGAAUGAAAUUGUAAAUGAUUUGAGGUUGUAUGGAUAAUAUGAGAUUAAAUGAGUUAUUAAUGAACUAUUUUGUGAAAUAGGCAUUUUACUCAUGUAUUAAAUAUGUGGAUACAUAAAUGGAUAUUUAUGUAUUGAAGUUGAAUAUUUUAGUUGCUGCUACAUACUUAUAAAUAUGUAGAGAAUUACAAAAUGAGGAUAUUUGUAUGAUGACAAUAAUCUUAAUAGUAUUGAAAUACUAGUUAGUGAUUAUUUGAAAUUGUUGAUAGAAUUGAUCCUAAGUAUUGGAUCGUAUGAAAUGCACUUGAAUGUACUUCAAGUGUAUAAAAUGACUUAGAAUGAAGCUAAGGGUAAGUUAUGGGCAGUCAUUUAAGAUGACCCAAGGUAGAUUAUUGAGAUGUCAAUUCUAGGCAUAGGUUUGCUUAGGAAUUGGACUAUAAUGAAGAAUUUGAGUCGGACUCUAUGAUUGCAUGGAAACGUAGUUGGGCCGAGCCCUUGCCAUGUAAUUUUGAUUUGCAUGGAAACGUAGUUGGGCCGAGCCCUUGUCAUGUAAAUUGUGACUUGCAUAGAAACGUAGUUGGGCCGAGCCCUUGCUAUGCAAAUGUGAUAGGAUGUACUUGACAUAAAGGAUUGCAUAAAAAUGUAGUUGGGCCGAGCCCUUGCUAUGCAAUGGUAAUGUGAUUAACUCUAUGAGUUGUCGUGACUAGUAAUCACGGGGAAUGGGAAAUGGUGAUUUCUAAAUAAACAUGGGCCUACGGGCCGACUACUUGACUUUGAUAUAAAGUAAGUAUAUUUUUAAAUGGGGUAACUUGUGGUUACAGUCAUAUCGUACUAUCACCCUAUUUGAGGGUCAUAUGUUUGAAAUACUUGUUGUAUAUCCCUUAGAUGCCAUCCACACCAGUACUUUAUAGCCCUAUAGAGUACUGACCCCUUCGGGGGCGUCCCACCACCAUUUCAGGUUGAGGCUAGAGCUUGCUUUCUGUGCUCGUUGAUCGAGUGAUUUCCCGGAGAGAAGACUUGGUUCGUGCUUCCUCCAUUCUGAUUUGAACACUAAUAAAUUUGCUCAUGGAUAUUUUACUUUAGAGCAUGCGUGCUCCUGUUUGCCCCAUGUGGCAUUUGAUUUCAAACUAUGUUUUUCGCUGCGUAUUAAAUUACUUAUUAUGUAUGUUUAUGCAUGACUUACGUGUGAAUGAUAUUCAUGAUGCCUUGUAUAAUAUGGAUGUGUUUGACUAUGGUUGACUAUUCGUAUUGUACGACGGGUUGUUGGCGUGUCCGGGUAGGUCCGGGGCGUGACAGUUUAAUUGGUAUCAGAGCCUUAGUCCAUAAACUUCAAAUGAAGUCUCCAAAUUCUCUUUUCAAAAUGAUUUUGAAAACCAUGAGCAUAAAUGUUUUGUACUUGUAGAACUUUUGGUACUUGAGUUGCAGGGUCUCUAAUUGUUAAGAUGGUACCCUUAACAAUUGGUAUGACAGCAAUUUGAGCCAAAUGGUGUCUUAAGUACUUGUCUGUCAAUUGACAUUUGAUACGAGUCUAAUGACUCUUUCCAAAAUUUCCUUCAAAAAUGGACCGUGGUGGCAAGGUUACUAGGAGAAACCCGACGGGCCGUGCACCGGUGGAGACUGGGCAGGGCAGUCGUAGGACCUCUAGGGCAUCUAGAGGAGCGGGCCGUGGAGGCCGAUCACAGACCGUGAGCGACGGUCAUGUGAACAUCGAGAGUGAGAACUACUGGUCCCAUGAGGACUCGACAUAUCAACUGGAAACCGAGCCAGUUGAGACCCCUUAUGAAGGGGAUGAUGAUGAUGUAAGCAAUGAAGAGGAGGGAAACGACUCCUUAGCACGAAUUGAAGCGCUACUCCAACGGUAUCGCCGUGAGCGUGAGGAAAGGAGGGAACGCCGAGGGCGCCGAGCUGAGCAACCUUCGGGCGGGGCUUCAAGAGGAAGAAGCCAUGGCGACUCUAGGGCUCACAUUGAACCACAUGGGGGCCGAGGUGAUGGAGGUCCAAUCAUAAGGAUCUCCAAAUACAUCAAAGAGGCACGAGACUUGGGGUGCAAACCGUUCGAUGGAACGGGUGACAUCUCUAUUCUGAUUUGAACACUAAUAAAUUUGCUCAUGGAUAUUUUACUUUAGAGUCUGCGUGCUCAUGUUUGCCCCGUGUGGCAUUUGAUUUCAAACUAUGUUUUACGCUGCGUAUUAAAUUACUUAUUAUGUAUGUUUAUGGAUGACUUACGUGUGAAUGAUAUUCAUGACGCCUUGUAUAAUAUGGAUGUGUUUGACUAUGGUUGACUAUUCGUAUUGUACGGCGGGUUGUUGGCGUGUCCGGGUAGGUCCGGGGCGUGACAGAAUCGAUCCUUGUUCCCUUCGUCAUUAAUUAGAAAGAACCCCUAGUUUAAUUGUUUUAUUCGCAUUAGUUUUAUUUUCCAAACCAACCAAUCUCGCACGACGCAUUUAUUUUAUUUAUUUUUAUCGCUGAAUUUAAUUAAUAUUUGAUUCCCUUUUUGUCCGUUCCUGUGGAGACGAUACUCGUA